GGCUGGGAUGUGAUUGCAGGAGCACUAUGAUACUGGUAUGGACCUAGCUAGCUAGCUAACUGUAUUAGUUGGUCAGCACUGGGGGGGGGAUUAGCUUGCUCCUAGCAGACGGGGAUUUCUGAAGCCUGAAUCAUGGACAUAGUCAUUACUAUCAACUGGGAGUGGAGCAGAAAUUGUGCAAGAGACGGAUAGGGCAUGUUUCUAAGAAUUGAGCGGUUAUUGCUUCGAGUCAGAGUUCCAAGACACCAUUCUGUUCGGAUAGAUGCAUUCUGAGGACUGUUUUAGGAUCCGUACGCUUGUUCAUCCACAUGUGUUCUUCGCUGAAGUGGCCAGGCGGGGGUAAAACAGGAGACGCUGAGCGAGAAAAAAAGCUCAAUUUGUGGAUACUUUUUUUCCGUUUGACUGGGGUUUCUGAAGUUGAAGAGGACGACACAUACUCGUUGCUAACUAUUUCUUGAACCAGGCUGAAACAUGGGGAACGCAGGGAGUAUGGACCAACAGGCUGAUUUCAGGGGUCAUAACAUGCCUUUGAAACUCCCCAUGCCAGAGCCAGGUGAACUGGAGGAAAGAUUCGCAAUUGUUUUGAGUUGUAUGAACCUCCCUCCAGACAAAGCCAGACUACUGCGUCAGUACGACAAUGAGAAGAAGUGGGAACUCAUCUGUGACCAGGAAAGGUUCCAGGUGAAGAACCCCCCUCACACGUACAUUCAGAAGCUGAGAGGUUAUCUGGACCCAGCCGUCACCAGCAAGAAAUUCAGACGGAGAGUACAAGAGUCCACACAAGUCCUGAGGGAACUGGAAAUUUCAUUACGGACCAAUCACAUCGGGUGGGUGAGAGAGUUCCUGAACGAGGACAACAAAGGUCUGGAUGUUCUGGUGGAAUAUCUUUCUUUUGCACAGUACGCUGUCACGUUUGACGGGGAUGGUGUUGAGAGUAGUACAGACAGCUCAGUGGAAAAGACCAAACCCUGGAGCCGCUCCAUAGAGGACCUCCAUGGAGGAGGACCCCUCCUCACCCCCCCCACCAGUGGCAACAACCUGUCCCGUGUAGGACGCCACUCAACUCUACGUUGUAACACGCUCCCCAGCAGGCGGACGCUGAAGAAUUCCAGGCUGGUGUGUAAGAAGGACGACGUCCACGUCUGCAUCAUGUGCCUCCGAGCCAUCAUGAACUACCAGUAUGGCUUCAACAUGGUCAUGUCGCACCCUCAUGCUGUGAAUGAAAUUGCACUUAGUCUCAACAAUAAGAACCCUAGAACCAAAGCCCUGGUGCUGGAGCUGCUGGCGGCUGUGUGUCUGGUGAGGGGAGGACACGAAAUCAUCCUCUCCGCCUUCGACAACUUUAAGGAGGUGUGCUCUGAGGACCAGAGGUUUGAGAAGCUGAUGGAACACUUCAAGAACGAGGACAACAACAUCGACUUCAUGGUGGCCUGUAUGCAGUUCAUCAACAUCGUGGUCCACUCAGUAGAGGACAUGAACUUCAGAGUCCAUCUGCAGUACAACUUCACCAAGCUGUGUCUUGAUGAGUACCUGGACAAGCUGAAACACACAGAGAGUGACAAGCUGCAGGUUCAGAUCCAGGCCUACCUGGACAACGUGUUUGAUGUUGGCGCUCUGCUGGAGGACGCAGAGACCAAGAAUGCAGCGCUGGAGCGCGUGGAGGAGCUGGAGGAGAAUGUGUCACAUAUGACAGAGAAGCUGCUGGACACGGAGAACGAGGCCAUGGCUAAGAUUGUGGAGUUGGAGAAACAGCUGAUGCAGAGGAACAAUGACCUGGAGAGCAUUAGGGAAGUGUACAAAGACGCCAGCUCGCAGGUGCACACCCUGCGCCGCAUGGUGAAGGAGAAGGACGAGGCCAUCCAGAAGCAGGGCGACCUGGAGAAGAAGAUCCAGGCACUGGAAAUGCAGAAGAACCCAGGAGACGCCCUGGCCUCGCCUCCCUCGGCCCCCACCCUGCUCCCGGGAAGGGAGGGGGGCACAGGCAUGUCCAAUGGCACUGGCAGCGGCCCUGCGGGGCACGACAACGUUGGGGGGGUCCCAGGGGUGCCCUCGCCGCCCCCUCCCCCCCUUGCUGCUGGGUCAGGUAAGCAGAGCUCUCAACCAAUCACAGCGUUACCAAAUGGUCUGACAGCCCCUCCCCCCCCUCCCCCCCCUCCCCCCCCUCCCCCGGGCCCCACCAUCAUGUCUGGCCCCCCGCCCCCCCCCGCGGCCCCCCCCCUGCCAGGCUGCGGCUCUCCCACCGUCAUCUUUAACGCAGGGUUAGCAGCUGUGAAGAUCAAGAAGCCUAUUAAGACCAAGUUCCGGAUGCCCGUCUUCAACUGGGUCGCCCUCAAACCCAACCAGAUUAACGGUACCGUGUUCAACGAGAUCGACGAUGAGAGGAUCCUGGAAGAUCUGAAUGUGGAUGAGUUUGAGGAGAUGUUUAAGACAAAAGCCCAGGGCCCAGCCGUCGACGUGACCGCCAGCAAGACUAAGGUGAUCCAGAAGGUCCCUCACAAGGUGUCGCUGCUCGACUCCAACCGAGCCAAGAACCUGGCCAUCACCCUGCGCAAGGUGGGCAAGCCCCCCGAAGACAUCUGCAAGGCCAUCCAGCUGUUCGACCUGCGCACACUGCCGGUGGACUUUGUGGAGUGUCUGAUGCGGUUCCUACCCACGGAGAACGAGGUGAAGAUCAUGCGUCAGUACGAGAAGGAACGCAAGGCUUUGGACGUGCUGACUGACGAGGAUCGCUUCAUGAUGCAGUUCUCCAGGAUCGAGCGGCUCAUGCAGAAGAUGACCAUCAUGGCCUUUGUGGGAAACUUCUGUGAGAGCGUGCAGAUGCUGACCCCGCAACUCCACGCAGUCAUUGCAGCAUCUGUGUCAAUAAAAUCGUCUCAGAAACUGAAGAAGAUUCUGGAAAUCAUCUUGGCUCUAGGAAACUACAUGAACAGCAGUAGAAGAGGAGCAGUGUAUGGCUUCAAGCUGCAGAGUUUAGACCUGCUGUUAGACACAAAGUCGACAGACCGCAAGAUGACCUUGUUGCACUACAUUGCCAAUGUUGUGAAGGACAAAUACCAGCAGGUGUCCCUGUUCUACAACGAGCUGCACUAUGUGGAGAAGGCUGCUGCUGUGUCGCUGGAUAACGUUGUCCUGGACAUACGGGAGCUGCAGAGGGGGAUGGAUCUGAGCAGGAGAGAGUUCAGCAUGCAUGGACACAACACCCUCCUCAGAGACUUCAUCACUCUCAACGAGGCCAAGCUGAAGAAGCUGCAGGACGAAGCCAAGAUUGCACAGGAUGCGUUUGAUGAGGCGGUGAAGUUCUUUGGCGAGAACUCCAAGACCACGCCUCCCUCGGUCUUCUUCCCUGUGUUUGUACGCUUCAUCAAAGCCUACAGGCAAGCGGAGCAGGAUAAUGACCAGAGGAGGAGGCAGGAGCUGCUGGAGCAGGAGGCCAUGAUGGAGCUGGAGGAUCACAAGUCUCCGUCCCAGAAGAACAGGCGUCAGCAGCAGGAGCUCAUAGCAGAGCUGAGGAAGAAGCAGGUGAAGGACAGCCGCCACGUGUACGAGGGGAAGGACGGUGCCAUUGAGGACAUCAUCACAGCCCUAAAGAAGAAUAACAUUACUAAAUUUCCCAAUGUCCACUUGAGGAUCUUCGAAACCAGCCUUACCGCAGAGCUGACGCGGUGAGGAGGAGUGUCCGGAGACGCUUUGAUGACCAGAACCUGCGGCCCGUCAACAAUGCUGAAGUGGUCAUGUGACAAGGAGACAGAGGAUGUGCUGGGUCAUGUGACAAGGAGACAGAGAAUGUGCUGGGGGGAGAGGGAGGUGAUGGGGAGGAGGGGAAGUGAAGAAAGGGGUGAGGGAUGUUUGAAAUGAAAGACAAGUGAGUGAUGAAAGAGAGCCUAGCAGUCAUAGAUUAAGCAUAUGUAUAAACUAAAAAAGAAUACAUAUCUUCUAUGGUACAUAUCUUUCUCCAUGUCUGUGGUCUGAUACUGUGUAAGGAUUAGAGGAAGGAGAGAGAGGAAGAGACAGAGAGGGAGAGAGAGAGGAAGGGGAAGAGAGAAAAAUAUCAGUUCUAGGGAACCUCAGAAAGCCAAGUGCCUGAAAUGAUGUGGUCAGAUGUCUUCCGUUUGUUGUAUUUUGUGGUUGUUUUUUUGUUACUUCGAGCAAUACAACUUGACAAGGCUUUAAUAUAGAAUAUUUCCCUCUGUGUUUAACUAAACACAAAUGUCUGUAGUAAGGACCAUCAGAGAAAUGCAUUGUGGGAAAUGUGUUGAAUGUACGGAACAUUAGGUUCCAUUGCUGUUGACUGAAUAUGAAAUUCCAUAGUAUCUCACAACAUUCCGGUGCUAUCACCAUUCUAAUUGGAAUACACAAUGUGCAUCAAUAGCACUUUAUACCCAUCACCUGUUCAAUGUUUUACUCAAGGGCUACUGACCUUUUUAAAGAGGACACGAUUUGUCUUGGAUAAAGUGAUUCAAAAAGUAUUUUUUCAUUAAUGAAACUACAGUGUUACUACCCCAGUUAAGAGGAAGCAUUGGAGAUACUGUUUUUGAGUGGCGCAAGGACGUAGACACCAGGCUAAUGUGAAGCGUAGCUAGCUAACCAUCCAUACUACCUAUUCAACAACACUGCUUGCUCAUGCAGAUUUCCAAGUGCCACACACAGGUCUGCCUAGUGGGGUCAAGCUCAGAGAAGGAAAGGUUCUCUGAUUAGGGUGAGAGGUUAGCUUAAAGGUUCUCUGAUUAGGGUGAGAGGUUAGCUUAAAGGUUCUCUGGGAGUGUUGCUGGACUGUGCGAAAGGCACUUUGGGAUAGUUAGGGAACUUGCUUUGAAAACUGGAUUCCUUUUUACUAUUUUAAAUGCUAGUGGCAUCUACUCACUUGUAAGUUUUAAUGUAUAGUAUUUAACCACUGAACUGUUUUCUGUCAGUUACUUGUGUCCCACUUGUCCCGAGAGACUGUUUUUGUUUUUGAUGUUUUUCAUAUCAAAACCAUGGUGAACAAACAGCACAAAGUUUUCUAAAUGUACAGAUAUUUUGCUACCAUCAAAAAAAACAAGGUUCCAUUUUUUUACUUCUCAUUUAACACAUUUAAUAAUGUACAUAUUGUUUAAACAAUGUUUGCAGCACCCUGUUUUAUACAAUCUGAACGUUGUUUUAACUUAGUUUUUAUUUUUCAUUUUGUAUAUUUAACUAAGCUAAAACCAGAGAUGGCUGCCUACCAUUAACUAGUAAACCAGAGAAUGGCUGGUUAGGGUUAGGUGGCUGCCUACCAUUAACUAGUUCUAGUGUCCAAGACCCUGGCAACACGCUGGAGGCUUUUUUCCCCAGAUAUGUCAAAUAUGUAAUUAUCUGAGUUAGCCAGCUAACAUGAUAUAUUUUUAUUUACAUCAUGAUAUAUGUUCAUAUAACUGUCAAGUAAAACAUUGUCCUCCAAGAAUUGAUACUCUAUCAACCCCUGAAUUAUAAGGAAUUGACCCCUGAAUUGAAGUAAAAGCUUUGUGAAAGUUAAGUUA